GUUGAAAGAGGAGAUGCUUCAGAAUGGCCUUGAGCAGAAGGCAGGUCUGUUGGUUGGAGUGCCAGGUGCGCUGAAGGGUUUACACCACGCUCACAAACUGUAUGGAAGAUGUUGUUGCUCGAGUCACCCGUCUGGCCAGAGAGGGAGUCAACGUGUCUCACAGUCUCGCUGAGGCUAUUGAACAAAUACAAGGAGAGCCUCUAUCAGAGCAGUUCAGGACCGUGUUUCUGCCAGACGGCCGACCUCUGGUUCCUGGCUCAGUCCUGAAGAUGCCUGGCCUCGCUGCAGUCCUGGAAGGAGGCGUGUCCAGCUUCUACCACGGGAAAGUGGCACUUGAGAUCCAAAAUGAGGUGCGAGCAAACGGUGGCGUCCUCAGCAGUGAUGACAUUGGGAACUACAGCGUGGAAGUUGCAAAACCAGUGGAAGGCAGGCAUGAGGACUUUAUCGUUCAGGCCCCUCCUGCCUCGGGUGCCGCACUCAUAUUGGCUCUCAAGCUUUUGGCCAGCUUCCGCCUCAGAGAGAAACACAUGACAGGAAAUGGAUCGCAGAGCUGGACUCUGGAGGCCUUGAAAACCACGCUAGCUUUUGUCGAAGAAAUCUCCUUUGACUCUUCUGUCACUGACCUGCUCACCAACACACUCAGCUCCAUGAGCAGAGCUUUCGGCAGCAGAAUCACGACUAGAUCAGGAGUAGUGCUCAACAGUAUUGUGCUGGACUUCUCCUGGCCGGGCAACAUCCAAGCACAAAGUCAUCAGAGGAGCAGGAUCCAGCCUGGAAAGAAGCCCCUAUUAACUGUGAUGCCCAUAAUAGUGGUGCCAGUCAGACACAAAUGUGGGAUGUACAUGGCGCUGAGCUGUGCGCGCUCGUGCAGUUUGAACGUCAUGACCAAGCUGUUCAGUUUCCUGUCCCACCGUGGGGUAGACAACAACAACUAUACCCUUCAGGCAAACAUAACACUCAGGAAUCCACAAGGGGGUCAGAAAAUGGCGGUUUGGGGAGUCCUUAGAAGCCGGGACGCCUUCAACACCCUCACCGUCACAGCUCGAUAG